AAAGUGCCAGAGAAGGGACACAGCUUUCAAUGACAGAUGUUGAACAGUUUCGCCUGGAUAAAGUGAUUGUUUUUGGACAAAUACGUUACUAUUUCCAACAGGCAAUUAAUUGCCUUACAAAAAGAAUAAACGUGUGAGGAAGGGAAUGGUGAAGAUGUCCUCAAGAACAGAAAGACAAUCAACUUGUUGACAGUCAGUCAAGUGUUGAACUAUAUGAAAACAGACAGAUCGCUCAGGGAACGACAAGGAGACAACAACUACCAAUAACAUUUKCCACACAUUUUGAACAUUCAAAAACGUUGGUAUUACCAGCAUUUUAGWUAACUAGUUGUGAACUUUUUUUGCAGAGCUUUCUGACUUAAGUCGGCUGUCUCUCAGAUAGCAGCUAGCUAUGUUUCCUCUAGAUUCUACGUGGAACAUUUCCUUUGCGGGUUGCGGUUUCUUGGGGAUCUAUCAUAUCGGUGUAGCGAGUUGUCUACUGGAACAAUGUCCUUUUCUAGUCCACAACGCCCGCCACAUCUACGGCGCAUCGGCGGGGGCGCUCACCGCAUCUGCGCUGGUCACCGGAGCGUGUUUAGGUGAGGCAGGUGCCAACAUCAUUGAUGUGGCUAAGGAUGCCCGGAAGCGUUUCCUGGGGCCCAUGCACCCAUCCUUCAACCUGGUGAAGAUCAUGCGUAACAUGCUGUAUAAAACCCUGCCACCCGAUGCCCACCACAGUGCCACAGGGAGGCUGGGCAUAUCACUGACCAGGGUUACCGACGGAGAGAACGUCUUGGUGUCCCACUUCAACAGCAAGGAGGAGCUGGUGCAGGCCUGUGUCUGCAGUGCCUACAUCCCUGUGUACUGUGGACUGAUCCCCCCUACACUGCAGGGUGUGCGUUACGUGGACGGUGGUAUCAGUGAUAAUCUGCCUCAGUAUGAGCUAAAGAACACCAUCACUGUGUCUCCGUUCUCUGGAGAGAGUGACAUCUGUCCUAGAGAUAGAUCCACACAUGCUGAACUACGAUUCACCAACACCCUCCAUCCAGUUUACACUCACAACCUCUACAGAGUGACUUCUGAAUCACCAGGACCCCACAGACCUCUGAUCUUUGGUGGAAGCCUGCAAGGAGAGAUACAGUCUGGUCCAGUCGCUAAGCAACCUGCUGCCAGUCAGGAUGAUGACGACUAUGAUGCUUCCCUAUACCCUCCCCCUGGAGUCUGCUCUGUUUUCCUACCAAUUCGAGCUGCGUCACUGCCAGUCGCUGCCUGCCCAGCUCAUCCCUUCCAGCCUGCUCCCGAGAUGGGUGAGUGGAGGCAGUUCCUCUAUCCUGGAUGUUAUCAGUCGUUUGGACCAGUACCAGAGGCAGCUGCUGCCGGGCUUCUUCUGUGUUAACCUGGACCUCCAGGGUUCCUUCUACACCGGGGGGCCCACGGGAAGGAGCCCAGUCCCAGGAGGGUCCACCAGAGCUGGGGAAGGAGGACCAGCCCUGGCCCUUACAUCCCCCAUCAUAAACCCAGAGGAGGUAGAGGGGAUGGGGCUGAUGAUGAGGAGGCUGAGUGAAAACCACAACUCUACUGUGGCUCUUCCCGCCUCACUAUAGUAAUAUAAUGUCAUUCAGGAGACACUGAGGGCCCCAUUUAGUAUUACAGACAGAUUCUAAUAACAAGCCAGGUAGACAGGUAUAACAGGUAUAAGAGCCAGGUAGACACCUUCAAAUAAAAAGGGACAGUACACCAACGUGUCUUGUCUCAUCAUCGAUGACACAGUGCCUUGUUUGCUAACAUUUUAUUCACUCACUUCCUCAUUGGGAUGCCGAGGAUACCAUGGAACCUACAGGGAACCGCUGAUCUGCAUCGUGUCAAUGUGACUUACAAGACAUUUAAAAACAACUUAUAUAUUAAAGUCAUUAAGAUGGCUGUUGAUACCAAACAUGUUCAAGGACUAGGGAUGUUACCGAUGAACCGUUUAACCGGUUAGCCCGCACCGAAAAAUGCAUUUCACCCGGGUCAUGCUUAUCGGUCUAUUAGGUUCAUUUCAAUAAUUUUGUGGAAUUAAAAUUGUCGCGUGUGUAUUUCA